CUGGUUUGUUUCCAACUCGUGCGUCUCUGUAUCGAUUAUGAAUGUCUGUUGUGUCACUGCAUGGCGCCUGUGUUUGAGUGUUUUGAAGCCUGCAGCCCAAAGGAGGUCCAUUUAUGAGACUUGGCAACCGGCUCUGAGCAGACAUGGGCCGCCACUCGUCAGACAGCGAGGACGACAGCCGCAGCCGGCGCAAAAGGAAGCACAGACGGCGCUCCUCUUCCUCUUCUUCCUCCUCCAGCUCAUCAGGGAGCAGAGUGACCAGCCGCAGCAAACACUCGAGCAGACGAAGCCGCUCACGCUCCAGAGAGAGAGACCGAGACAGAGACCGGAGGCGCAAACAUCGCUCCAGCAGCAGCUCCUCAAGAGGCUCCAGCCACAGGAAGCGAAGCCGCAGCACUGAAAGGAGGCGGAGUCGAAGCACAGAUAGGGGGCGGGGUCACAGAUCCCGCCGCUCUCGCUCCCGCAGUCGCAGGAGGUCUCGUUCCCGACAUCGCAGAUCCCGCAGCCGGAGUAGCGGCAGAUCCAGCAGGAGACGCAGCCGCAGUCGAAGCAGAGACCGUGACCGCAGUCAGCGCAAGACACGAGACAAAGACAGGGACAGAGAGAAAGACAGAGGACGUGACCGAGGCCGCGACAAAGAAAAAGAGGACGCCAAAGCAAAAGAAAAGGAAAAACAAGGGGACGCGGGGAACAUCAAAGCCGGAUUAGAACAUCUGACAGCAGCUGAACAGGCCAAGGCUCGACUCCAGCUAGUGCUCCAGGCUGCAGCUAAAACAGACGAGGCACUGAAAGCAAAGGAAAAGAAAGAAGAGGAGGCAAAGAAGAUCAAAGAGGAAGAGGAGGUCUCUCUCGCCGAGCAGGUGAGGAGGAUAAAGGAAAUCGAGGCCAUCGAGAGCGACUCUUUUGUUCCUCAGGCUUUCAAAUCAUCCCGGGACGCCGCCAAGGUAACUGAAUCUGUGGAACUCCAGGAGGCGGGGUCUGGUGUCACACCCACUGUGAAAGAGGAAGUCAUCACUCUACCCACUGCCAUCAAGUACAGUAACACCGACACUCUCGCUCACCCCAGUUUAUUCAUAGACAAAGAAGAAGCAGAGAAGUUGUGGCUGAAUCGACUCCUGUCACUGCGCCAGGAGAGGCUCAUGGGAAGUCCUGUGGCCUGAACUCGACUCUGCGUAAUGAACAUCUGAACAUCAGCUUCUUAAAUAUGAUUCUUUUUUGUCUUUUUUCUUUUUUUUUAUCAGGAUACAGUUUAUUAAUAGAGGCUGCUUGACUGAUUUCAUUCAGGAAGCUGAUCAACUUGUGAUUCAUUAAACCAUUAGGGAUUUUGUUAGAUACAUAUAUUUGACCUGUGUUAAUGAUAUUAAUGAUUUUUCUUUUUACUGUGUUAAAUUCUCAGGGUUCAGCAUUAGCUCUGCAGUUAGCCUUUUAAGGAACACUUAAGGAAUAUUUGGUUUCUGUUAAGAGUCAGAUGGAAGGAGGAAAUUUCAUUUGCUGUCUUCAUGUGAUGCCAGAAGUAUGAUGUAUUUUACUUUUCCCAGGAAGUUGAAAUAGCUAAAUGGAGUUUAGAAAUAAUGUUGUUACCUUAGUGACACACAAUAUGUUGUCAUCUCAUAAACUUUCUCAACCCUGAUUAAAUGGUAGUUUUGACAAAAAUGCAAGAAAAUUUAUGAACCUGUCAACAUGACUUUUUUUUUUAAUUGGCAAGUACGAAAUGAGCACAUAUUUUUUAGUUAGUAGGAAAAACUUUUUACAUUUUGAAACAUAAUGUCAAUGCAAAACAUGACGUUUAGUCAUUCUGAGAAUCUAAGCAAGAAAAAAAUACACCCACGUAGAUAAGAUUCUGUUUAUUUUCUUCCUUCACUAAAACUCUGGAACUGUAUUUUACAUCUUGAUGUUUUCCAAAAUAAAGAAGCUGUUUUUAUGGCCCAAA